AUGCUCUCAGUGCCAGUCCAAGGCCCAGCUAGGGAGCGCGCGAAUACAUCGCCAUGUGCCGGCAUCGUAGGGGCCGGCAUUGCCGGGCUCAGUGCGGCCAUUGCCCUGCGUCGCGCUGGAUGGGACGUCGAAAUAUUCGAGCGAUCGCAAUUCAAGAAUGAGAUUGGCGCCGCCAUCAGCCUCCCUUCCAAUGCCGCUCGAGUCCUCGACCACUGGCAGUUCGACCUGCAGAAGGCAGCUCCCGUCCCGAACCAAUCCGUCAGGCUGGUGUCGGCUGACCAGCUGGCCACCAUUUCGCAAGAGGAUUACCCCGACAUCGCCGCCCAGCUGGGACACGCCUGCUGGAGUUUCCACAGAGUUGACCUUCAUCGCGGCCUGAGGGACCUCGCCACAGAUCCGGCGGUGCAGGACGGCACUUUUGGCUGCUCCGUCGAGAUCAGACUGGGCUGUGAGGCUGUGGGAGUUGACUGCAAUCUGGGCAAGAUCCAGCUGGCCGAUGGGCGGGCGGUGGUGAAAGAUCUUGUCGUCAUUGCCGAUGGAGCUCACAGCCGCUUGGUUGGCAGCUUGAUUGGACACGAACCACAGCUACAAGUCGCAGGGCGUUCCAUUUACCGCUGGCUCGUUCCAAUGAGCGACGUGCUGGCACAUUCCGAGGCCCGCAAGCUCUACGUGGAUGAGCUACCCGGAUUUCUGAAUCUGCAAGACCCUGCCAAGGGUGUCUUCUGGAUCAGCUACACGUGCCGUGGCGGCGAUAUUCUAAACAACGCCGUGGUCCACCGCACUCAGGCCGGCGAGGGCGACCAGGACCUGUGGCACUCGCCGGUAUCCAAGGAGCAAGUGCUCUCCGUGCUCUCCAACUUCCACCCGUCAGCAAAGAGCAUCGUGAAUAUGGCCAGCGAGGACGGCAUCAAGGCCCAUCAUUUGUUUACACGCCCCCCGCUGGCCAGCUUCGUGCGCGGCCGGGCCGUGGUAGUGGGCGACGCUGCACAUGCCAUGCUGCCUACGCAUGCGGCUGGCGGUGCCAUUGCCGUCGAGUCGGCCGCCACUCUCGAGGUCCUCUUCAAAGGGGUGGACGGGGCGGACGAGGCAGUGGUGAGCCAGCGUCUACAGCUGUUCGACAAGUUGCGCAUCCCUCGAUGCAACCUCACCAUGCUGGUGUCCAACGCUGGUCCGCAGGCGCUCGACAACCCGAGUGUCAUCAAGGAGGUACGGCGCUUCUACUCUGGCCCUCUGCCAGAGCAAGGCUCCCAGCCAUGGGGUGCCCAGUUUAGAGAGCUUCUCUUCCACCACGACGAGUACCGCGCGGCCGAGUUGGCGCUGGCGGAGGCUCCGCUUCUAGAAAACGGCGGAGCCUAG